GCGUGUAAGGUGCGCUGUCUUUGCUCUUUCCUUUACACCCUCCUUUUCUCCAUUUUCUCUCUGUCUUCAACAAUCGACAGCUCCUCUCUCUCUGUUUCUCAAAUUUUUCCCUCUCUAUAUCUCUCCCUUUCUCUCUCUACAUCUUCACAUCUCAGAUCUGAUCAGACGUCACUUGAGUAAUUGGGGGCUAAGAAUACAAUAUCCAAAUGAAGAAAGCAUUUGAUCAAACCGUGCGGGACCUCAAGAGAGGAGUGAAUAAAAAGGUUCUUAAAGUCCCUUCAAUAGAACAAAAAGUUCUAGAUGCAACUAGCAAUGAGCCCUGGGGUCCCCAUGGAUCACUUCUUGCAGAUAUUGCUCAGGCUUCAAGGAACUAUCAUGAGUACCAAAUGAUUAUGUCUGUGGUCUGGAAGCGUAUCAAUGAUACUGGAAAAAAUUGGCGUCAUGUUUACAAGGGUUUAACUGUUUUGGAAUAUUUGGUAGCCCAUGGGUCUGAACGUGUCGUAGAUGAUAUACGGGAACAUGCUUACCAAAUAUCUACACUGUCUGAUUUUCAAUAUAUCGACUCCAGUGGGAGAGACCAGGGAAGCAAUGUCAGAAAGAAAUCUCAGAGCCUUGUGGUUCUUGUUAAUGAUAAGGAAAGAAUUCAGGAAGUUCGCCAAAAGGCAGCUUCUAAUAGGGACAAAUUCCGCAACACGUCAGCUGGCGGUAUGUAUCGCCCUGGUUCACAAUCAGGUUCAGGAGGAUAUGGUGACAGAUUUGAUGAGGAUCGUUAUGGAGGAAGAGAUGAUGAAAGAAGUGGUUAUGGGAGGGAAAGGGAAUGGGGCUACAGAGAUGAAGACAAAAAUGGCAGAUAUGGAGACUCAAACAGCCGUGAUGGGGAUCGCUAUGGUAGAGAUUAUGAUGACCGCAGCCGAGAUGGAAACAAAGAUGAUGAUUAUCGUGGAAGAAGUCGGAGCACUGAUGAUUAUAAUUAUGGAUCAAGAAGUAGAAGUUCUGACCGGUACAGGGAUCACACCAAUGAUGACGAUGGUCAAUAUUCUUCUAGGCCGCUUGAAAGGAGGUUUUCUGAGCAGAACCUUAGUGCACCUCCUAGUUAUGAGGAAGCCGUUGGUGGUUCACGCAGCCCAACACACAGUGAAAGGGAUGUAGAAACUUCUUCAGCAUCUGCGCCCAAAUCUUCUUCUCCUCAUGCAAGUGCCAGUCCGAGCCCAGUCACUGUGCCUGCUCCUGCACCAGCUACUGCUCCACCACCAGCUCCAGCCGCAGCUACUGCUUCACCACCGUCUCCAGCAGCAGCCCCUGCCCCACCACCAGAAAACACGGUUGCUGAGAGUUUUGAUGAAUUUGAUCCCCGUGCAUCUUUUACAGCAGCGCCCCCAGUUCCAUCAAAUGGUCCCGCGUCAACUACUUCUGGCGGCGAAAUGGAUUUACUUGGUUCCUUAUGUGAUCCAUUCUCCAAUGCAUUAGCCCUUGUACCUGCAGCUUCGAGUGCUUCCGAGGUUAAUCCAUCUGGGACCACUGGUACUGAGACCACGUUUGGGGAAGCAUCAUCAGUAUCUACUGGUUCUAACCAGAUGUUCGAGGAUCCUUUUGGUGAUGGUCCUUUUAGGGCUAUGACCUCGAAUAAUGUGCAAACUCAUUUGCAGAACACUACUCCAGCUUUCCAUCCAAAUCCAAAUCAAAACCCUGAGCUUCCUCAAUCAGCCCCUCAGGGUGCUGAGAUCUCAAAUGCAACAUAUAGUCAGUUUGAUCCAACUAAUAUGCAAUAUGCUCAGCAGGAGCUGUCCACCUCGAACCAGGAGAUCGAUAUACUGGCUGAUAUUCUCCCACCAUCUGGUCCUUCACCUCCUGGUGAUCAUGCAAUCCCAAGUGUCCAACCUGCAACACAGACAGGUUUUGAGUCUUAUGGUGGACCAACUACACAACAGACAGGUUACAUGGCACCUCCUGGCCAGGCUGGAGCCCUGACAGUUUUUGCAGCUCAGCCUGGCCAACAGUCUCCACAAACCAGUUUUCCGAUUCAAGGUCAAACUGCAUCUUCAGUGGGCUUUUCUGGUCAAGCAAACAAUUCUCCAUCCUAUGGAGGCUACCCAACUCAACCUGGUCAAGCAUCACAGACUGGUUUUGGACCCACAGGUGGUCAACCCACAUCUGGUUUCCAACCUGCAGCAGGUUACUUUCCACAGUCUGGUUAUCAGAUUCCUGCCGGCUCUGUGCAGAGCAAUGCCAAUGCUGGUGGUUACAACACAGGAUUAGGAUCUACAGGUCCAUUUGGUAACCAAAUGGGUCAAACAUCUGCCGGACAACCCUACCUUUCACAGCCAACUGGUGCAACCCACAUGCCGUCACAGAUGCAUCUUCAAUCUUCACAAAAUCAAACAAGUAAUGCUCUAGUGCUGACACAAACUACUCCAGCUUCAACAGCUCUUGUCGCCAACACCCAACCAGCCAAAGACAAAUUCGAGACAAAGUCUACCGUUUGGGCAGAUACAUUGAGCCGUGGACUGGUCAAUUUGAACAUUUCUGGAACUAAAACAAAUCCAUUAGCUGAUAUCGGAGUUGAUUUUGAUGCUAUUAAUCGCAAGGAGAAAAGGAUGGAGAAACCCAGUACAGCCCCCGUGAUAUCAACUAUUAACAUGGGCAAAGCAAUGGGUUCAGGUACCGGAGUUGGCCGAGCUGGUGCAGGUGCACUACGGGCUCCACCAAACCCAAUGGUAGGUUCUGGUAUGGGCAUGGGCAUGGGUAUAGGUAUGGGUAGUAUGGGUAUGGCUGGUGGUGGCCCUGCGGGGGGUCCUGGCAUGGGAGCAUAUGGAGGGAACCAGCCUUAUGGCGGCAUGGGGAUGAACAGACCUAUGAACAACAUGGGCAUGGGAAUGAACAUGGGUCAAGGAUUUCAGAUGCAACAGCCUUCCGGAUUCCCCCCUGGACCUGGAGCUCCCAUGCAGGGAGGUUACAAUCCGCGAAUGGGCAUGGGUCCCUAUGGCCAACAACCAUAUGGUGGAGGAUACCAAUGAAAUUUAGCCCAAUUCUGAAAGUAAGAAACCUUUGUGUCAUAUUAUCGGGAAUGUUUACUAGUCGGUAAGCCUAUUGAACUCACCCUCUGUUGUAGAGUUGAUACUUUUUGGGUGCCUGUAGUUUUCCAUGAUAAAAGUUAUAGAGGAGAGUAUAUGUUGAUUCCUUUUCUUCAACUUUGUUCUGCAAUUGCAUUUCCUUUUAUCUGCCAUUUGGGGGUCAAAGAUUGCUCACAGGACCCCUUGUAAUGUUUUGCUGUUGUGCCUUUGUACACACUCGAGGAUCACUUGUUUAUGGUGUUCCUCUUUUUGCCACUUGAUCAUAUAUCAUUCAUAUUCAUUUUCAUAUAUUA